AUGAAUUCCGAAUUCAUUAAAACGCCCAUUAAAUUACGCACAAAACCAUCAAACAAGAGUUCUCCCAAGUCUUCGAUGGUCACAAGUCUUUCCGACUUAUCACAAAUUUCGAACAUCACAAAUGUUUCCAACUCGACUUUUUCCCGAUUUAGUUCCUCAACACGUCUUCCAAAUGUCAAGCGACAAAUUUUGACUUCGACAAAUUCGUAUGUUUCUCCGCUUCUUUCAAAGUGUCUCACUCCGGUCAUUUCCAAGGAGAAUUCCCUCUUUCAUGUCAACACGCUUCCUCGCAGUUCCGAAGUGACUCUUCCAAAGGGGAUGAAGUUCAAAAGUGACUACUCCCCUUCUAAAACAGACCAAAUCAUCCACUACGUCCACAUCGACUCAAUCGCAAAUUUCUACAAGUCCAAAGGAAUAUUAAAACUUUUUCCUUGGCAAGUCGAGUGUCUUGAGAAGAGUGAAGUUCUUGCUGGAAAGCGGAAUUUCGUGUACUCUGCGCCGACGUCUGCGGGGAAGACUUUAGUCAGCGAGAUGUUGAUGGUCCAUCGCUAUUGCCAAACGCAACGGAAGACGAUCUAUAUAGUCCCCUAUGUUUCUCUUGGUAACGAGAAGGCAAAGUACUUCGCCGAGCUCUUUGCGAGUACCCGCAAUGUCGUUUGCGGGUUCUUCCAGUCCCGUCCGAUUCACACGAAUUUUGAUAUUGCUGUGUGCACCAUAGAGAAGGCGAAUGCGUUAGUCAACAAGAUGAUACAAGACAAGACGUUUCAGAAAGUCGGGAUGAUAGUAGUAGAUGAGAUCCACAUGCUUGCUGACAAGUCGCGUGGAUACAUAUUAGAGACUCUUCUGAGUAAAGUGAUGUAUGUGGGGGGACACAUUCAAGUCAUAGGGAUGAGUGCGACGGUUCCAGACAUCCACGUCAUUGGUAUGUGGUUGAAAGCGGAGACGUAUGUGUGUACGUAUCGACCUGUAGAACUCACUGAGAACGUCGUGUGUGAAAAUAAAGUGCUGAGUAAAAGUGGAGAAGUGUUAAAAACACUGUGUGGAGGGGGUGAGGUGAACCAAAUCGUUGAAUUGAUUUUAGAAGUGAGUGAAGGAGGGAAAGGGGUGUUGUGUUUCUGCUCUUCGAAAUAUGGAUGUGAGAAGAUGGGGAAGGACAUUGUUGCGAAUUUGAAGAAGCGCAAGAAGGGUGGCUUUGGAUUGAAUGAGGACAUCGAAACGCUCAGAGAGUUGAUGGUUGAAGAACUGCGGACGAAUGUGAAUGGCAGCGACGAGGAGUUAUUGAAAUGUGUGAGGUGUGGAUUAGCAUAUCACCAUAGUGGCAUAACACAGGAAGAGCGCGAGAUACUUGAAAAGGGGUUUCGGGAGGGUGUUUUGAGUUUAAUAAUAGCGACGAGUACGUUGGCUGUUGGAGUUAAUUUGCCUGCGAGUCGUGUGAUCUUCAAUCGGCCGUAUAUUGGCAUUGACUUUUUGGAUGUUGGGAGGUACCGACAGAUGUGUGGGAGAGCUGGGAGAUUAGGGUUUGACACGAAAGGGGAGAGUUAUUUGUUUGUGAAGGUGAAUGAGAAGAAGAAAGUGCUAGAGAUGGUGAAUGCGGUACUUCCGCCGUUGCAAGAGAGUGUGAUGGAGAAUGAGACGAGUAAGAUGUCACAAAGUAUCUUAGAGGGAGUUGAAGAUAAGAUGAUUGCGACUGAGAUUGAUAUGGAGAAGUACUGUCGGUGUAGCAUAUAUACCGUGUCUGACAAUCCGGAGACUGUGGAAUACACACAACACAACAGAGAGAUAAUCAACAAUGCUAUUCAGAUACUCAUGGGGAGUCUAAUGGUUGAGGAGAGUAUGAAUGCGUGUGGAGAGAAAGUCUAUGUGACGACACAAUUUGGGAAAGCAACAGUCAACAGUGGUAUUGGGAUGGACGAUGCGCUGCGCGUCUACAGCGACUUGAAUGAAGCGAAAAAGAAGAUUCAUGCGGACAGCGAGUUGCAAGUGUUGUAUUUAGUGUCUGCUAUUAACACGUCGAGCGAAGUUGAUUGGGACGUCUUCGAGAGGAAGUAUGAGGAAUUGAAUGAGACGGAUCGAGAGAUAUUCAAUGAACUUAAAAUUGAUGUGAUGUUUGUUCGCGAGAUGCAGAGCAAGAAGAAGACGAAGGAGGAUGUGAAAUUGCGGAAGCACCAAAUGGCGUAUUGUGCGCUGGUGCUGAACGACUUGAUUAAAGAGCGCGACAUUAGCGAAGUUACUAAAGAGUAUAACAUUGCACGAGGACAUCUUCAGGCAUUACAGACAAACACUGCGGCGUCUGCGAAUAUCAUAGCGCAGUUUUGUGUUCAAUUAGGGUGGGAUAUGAUGUAUGCGGUGUUUGCUGCGAUUGUUGAUCGACUGAAUUAUGGGGUGAGAAGAGAGUUAGUCGACUUGACACGAAUAGAAGGAGUGAAAGGGAGACGAGCGAGAGAAUUGUAUAAGUGGGGAUUGAGGAGUGUCGAUGAUGUAGCUGACGCAACAGUGGACCGAGUGACGGACAUCCUCCAGAGGAUGAGAAGACCUGUUGAAAAGAAUGGGUAUGUAGGGGGGGUCAUGGGACAGAAGGUUGAUGCUGGAGUGGCGCGGAAGAUCAUUAGGAAUGCAAGAGAACUCACUGGGAAAUUGAGUGCCGCGGAGAAGGUAGCCGUUGCGAUACAAAGUGGGGUGAGGAAUGGGAUAGUGAGGAGUGCGUCUGCGAUGGAACAAGAGAUGUCGAUACAUUACAUUGGAAAUGUUUGCCAUCCUGAAGAUGAGAAGAGUGUUGAGAGAGUUAUACAUCUCUUGAGAGAAGAGAGAGAAGUUGGGUGUUUUUUGAAGAUAAUAGGAGAGGGAGAGUCUUUUGUAGUUGGAGGAGUCGAGUAUUUCAAGGAAGAGUAUGUUGAAGGUGUAGCUGUGGGGAUGUUGCACGAGAUGUAUUACAUCAAAUACCACAAAAGGUGCUGUGGUGAUUGUGUGCUGAGGAAAGUAAUAAUUCCCGAAUUGAUUGGGAAUGGGGAAAGGAAGUGGAAAUUGAAGAUGUUCAAUUUUAAAAAGAACUUUGGGUACUUGAAAGAGGGAGCCGAGGUCUAUGACGAAGACAAAGUCGAAGAUGUUUUGAGAGAGUAUUCUGCAGUGUUAGGGAACCAAGUUGAAGUGAGAGGUGGAGAAGAAGUCACGAUCCAAGAUGUUGCGGAAGGAUAUAUGGGACAGGUCGGGAAGCUGAUACCUACAGUUCAAAUUGAGAAUUUGAAGGAAGUGAGGAAAAUAGCGAGGUCAGAGAUAGUAGACGACUGUUAUAUCAAUCAGAUAUUCGAGGCGUGUAACAAUUGUUUGCUUGUUGUUGCAUUGUCGAAGGUGUUCCAGAACGAGUUAAAGAAAAUGAUUGAAGAAAUUAAAAACAAAAGCAAUGAAUGA